CUGAAUUGGGAAUUAUUGCAGACUCAACAGUACAGCACAGCUCGUUGCUUCGUCUAUUACUAGUUAUUUAAAUUGGACUUUUAAUAUCCUGCCAGCUGCUGUUCACACACACAUGGUGCAUUGUUGCCAUUCUCAGAAUUGCAUCUUUGAAACCCAGACCCUCAGUAACCUUCAUCGAACAAAGAGGCGACCUCCUGCGUACGUUUAUAGAGGGAUUUUUCGGACCUACUGCCCUCUAGCUUUCUUGCUGGUGCUGUAUUUCUAAGACACUAUGGAGCCCAGUAUGGAGUACUGCUUAGCGCAGGUGCUGCAGAAGGAUGUUGGAAAGAGACUUCAGGUUGGCCAGGAAUUGAUAGAUUACUUCUCAGAUAAACAGAAGUCAACUGAUCUUGAACAUGAUCAGACUAUGCUGGAUAAAAUGGUUGAUGGACUGGCCACUUCUUGGGUAAAUUCCAGCAAUUAUAAGGUGGUUCUCCUGGGGAUCGACAUCCUCUCAGCGCUGGUGUCCCGCUUGCAAGAUCGCUUCAAGGCCCAGAUUGGCACAGUGCUGCCGAGUUUACUUGAUAGACUGGGAGACUCUAAGGACUCGGUGAGGGAGCAGGAUCAGACCUUGCUGCUAAAAAUCAUGGAACAAGCUGCUAACCCUCAGUACGUGUGGGACAGGAUGCUAGGAGGAUUCAAACACAAGAAUUUCCGGACAAGAGAAGGGAUUUGCCUCUGCCUUAUUGCAACACUCAAUGCAUCUGGAGCUCAGAGUUUAACGCUGAGUAAGAUAGUGCCACAUAUAUGUAACUUACUUGGAGAUCCAAACAGCCAGGUUCGAGAUGCAGCAAUAAACAGCCUCGUGGAAAUUUAUAGACAUGUUGGUGAACGUGUAAGGGCUGAUCUCAGUAAAAAAGGAUUACCCCAAUCUCGGUUGAAUGUAAUUUUUACAAAAUUCGACGAGGUCCAAAAAUCUGGAAACAUGAUCCAGACUUCAGGUGAUAAAAUUUUUGAUGAUGAAGACUCCGUGGAUGGGAACAGACCUUCCUCAGCUAGCUCCUCUACAUCUUCAAAGGCCCCUGCAAACUCGCGCAGAGUUGGGAUGGGGACUACCCGCCGACUUGGGUCUGCAGCGCUGGGCACCAAGUCUUCAACAGCCAAAGAGGGGGCAGGUGCUGUGGAUGAAGAAGACUUCAUUAAGGCAUUUGAGGAUGUCCCAACAGUUCAGAUUUAUUCUAGCCGGGAUCUUGAGGAAUCCAUAAACAAAAUAAGAGAGAUCCUAUCAGACGAUAAGCACGACUGGGAACAGAGAGUUUCUGCGUUGAAAAAGAUACGCUCCUUACUUCUGGCUGGAGCUGCAGAAUACGAUAACUUCUUCCAACACUUAAGACUUUUGGAUGGAGCGUUUAAAUUAUCGGCUAAAGAUCUGCGGUCUCAAGUAGUGCGAGAGGCUUGUAUCACGUUGGGACAUUUGUCAUCAGUUCUGGGAAACAAGUUUGACCAUGGGGCAGAAGCCAUCAUGCCAACAAUUUUUAAUCUGAUUCCGAAUAGUGCCAAAGUCAUGGCCACUUCUGGUGUUGUAGCAGUUAGAUUAAUAAUUAGACAUACGCACAUCCCUCGAUUAAUACCCAUCAUAACCAGUAAUUGUACCUCCAAGUCUGUUGCAGUUAGAAGGCGCUGUUUUGAAUUUUUAGACUUGCUGUUACAGGAGUGGCAAACACACUCCCUAGAAAGACACAUAUCAGUGUUAGCUGAAACGAUAAAGAAGGGAAUCCAUGAUGCAGACUCUGAAGCCAGGAUAGAGGCAAGAAAGUGUUACUGGGGUUUCCACAGUCACUUCAGCAGAGAGGCAGAGCAUUUGUACCACACCUUGGAGUCUUCCUACCAGAAGGCCCUGCAGUCACAUCUGAAGAACUCUGACAGCAUCGUUUCCUUGCCUCAGUCAGAUCGCUCCUCCUCCAGCUCCCAGGAGAGUCUCAACCGUCCAUUGUCUGCCAAAAGAAGCCCUACUGGAAGUACUACAUCUAGAGCAUCUACAGUAAGUACAAAAUCUGUGUCAACACCAGGAUCUCUGCAGCGAUCCCGCAGUGACGUCGAUGUGAAUGCAGCAGCUAGUGCCAAGUCAAAAGUGACGUCUUCUGGAGCAUCCAUCCCCUUCAGUUCUGCUGCAGCCUUGCCCCCAGGCUCAUACGCAUCACUAGAUGGUACUGCCAGUAAAACCGAGGGUCGGAUUCGUACAAGGAGACAGAGCUCUGGCAGUGCCACAAGCGUCACCUCGAUGCCUGCUGAUACCCGAGGCCGCAGCCGGGCUAAAGUAGUUUCCCAGUCCCAGCGAUCCAGAUCAGCUAAUCCUGCUGGUGCUGGUAGCCGCUCUAGUUCUCCGGGUAAGCUGUUAGGAAGCGCCUAUGGUGGCCUGAGCGGUGGAACAUCCAGAGUCCAGCCAGUGCCAUCAUCUUCAGAGAAGCGCACCAAGAUCCCUCGGAGCCAGGGAUGCAGUCGAGAGACAAGUCCCAACAGAAUAGGACUAGCACGGAGCAGUCGUAUCCCCCGACCCAGCAUGAGUCAGGGGUGCAGCCGUGAUACCAGCCGUGAGAGCAGUCGAGAUACAAGCCCUGCUCGGGGCUUUCCUCCACUUGCUUCUCGACGUCAUUCCAGGUCCACUAGUGCUCUCUCCACUGCUGAUUCUGUUGGGCAGUCAGACCGGUUUGGACUCGGGCAGCCAGGCAGGAUGCCUGCUUCUGUGAAUACCAUGCGAGUCCUGAGCACAAGCACAGAUCUGGAGGCUGCUGUGGCUGAUGCACUGCUGUUAGGAGACUCCAGGAGCAAGAAAAAGCCAGUGAGAAGAAGAUAUGAACCCUAUGGGAUGUACUCUGAUGACGAUGCUAACAGCGAUGCAUCAAGUGCUUGCUCGGAGCGCUCCUAUGGUUCCAGGAACGGGGGCAUUCCACACUACCUGCGGCAGACAGAAGAUGUGGCUGAGGUCCUGAACCACUGCGCCAGCUCCAACUGGUCUGAAAGGAAAGAGGGCCUGAUAGGUCUUCAGAACUUACUGAAAAGUCAACGGACACUGAGCCGAGUCGAGUUAAAAAGGCUGUGUGAAAUAUUUACUCGCAUGUUUGCUGACCCUCACAGCAAGAGAGUCUUCAGCAUGUUUCUGGAAACCCUGGUUGAUUUCAUCAUCAUUCAUAAAGAUGACUUGCAGGAUUGGCUUUUUGUUCUCCUGACCCAGUUGCUAAAGAAAAUGGGAGCAGAUUUGCUGGGGUCUGUGCAGGCAAAAGUUCAAAAAGCUCUGGAUGUCACCAGAGAUUCUUUUCCGUUUGAUCAACAAUUUAACAUUUUGAUGAGGUUUAUUGUAGAUCAGACCCAAACUCCAAACCUGAAGGUGAAAGUUGCUAUCCUGAAGUAUAUUGAGUCCUUGGCAAGACAGAUGGAUCCAACUGACUUUGUGAACUCUAGUGAGACAAGACUUGCUGUAUCUAGAAUUAUAACUUGGACAACAGAACCAAAGAGUUCAGAUGUGAGAAAGACCAUGCAUAGUUGGGUGGGUGAGGAUUUGCCAGCUAGGACAACAACAGCUUCCUCAGGCCCUGGUGAAGGAAACUUGGAAGAGAAAUGUAAACAGGCAGCACAAAUAGUCCUGAUUUCUCUCUUCGAAUUGAACACUCCUGAGUUUACCAUGUUACUUGGUGCCUUGCCAAAAACAUUCCAGGAUGGUGCUACCAAGCUCCUGCACAACCACCUCAAGAACUCCAGUAACACCAGUGUGGGUUCCCCCAGCAAUACCCUUGGUCGGACUCCUUCCCGGCACUCCAGCAGCAGAACCAGCCCCUUAACUUCACCUACCAACUGUUCCCAUGGUGGAUUGUCUCCAAGUCGGUUCUGGGGUUGGAGUGCAGACGGGCUGUCGAAGCACCCACCUCCCCUUUCUCAGCCUAACUCCAUCCCCACUGCUCCUUCCCACAAGACUUUCAGACGCUCUUACUCUCCCAGUAUGCUGGAUUAUGACACGGAGAACCUAAAUUCUGAUGAAAUCUACAGCUCUCUUCGUGGAGUCACUGAAGCGAUUGAAAAGUUUAGUUUCCGUAGUCAAGAGGACCUGAAUGAGCCGAUCAAACGUGAUGGAAAGAAAGACUGUGACAUUGUGUCUCGAGAUGGUGGCCUCGCUGUGCCUAGCAGUGAUGUCCGUGGAAGCGGUGACAUUGUGGAAGGCGGAAGGAUGGCUCUAGAUAACAAAACCUCCCUACUUAACACCCAGCCUCCCCGCGCCUUUUCAGGGCCACGUGCUCGAGAAUAUAACCCCUAUCCUUACGUCGACACAAUUAACACUUACGACAAGACUGCCCUGAAGGAAGCAGUGUUCGAUGAUGACAUGGAUCAGCUUCGGGACGAAGUACCCAUUGACCAUUCAGAUUUGGUGGCUGAUCUUCUGAAAGAGCUCUCCAACCACAACGAGCGGGUGGAGGAGCGGAAAGGAGCUCUCCUGGAACUGCUGAAGAUCACAAGGGAAGAUAAUCUCGGAGUUUGGGAGGAACAUUUCAAAACCAUUCUGCUCUUGCUGCUGGAAACGCUUGGAGACAAAGAUCAUUCAAUAAGAGCCCUGGCGCUGCGAGUCCUGAGAGAGAUCUUAAGGAACCAGCCGGCAAGGUUUAAGAACUACGCGGAAUUGACCAUCAUGAAAACACUGGAAGCACAUAAAGAUUCCCACAAAGAGGUCGUCAGAGCUGCUGAAGAAGCUGCUUCUACCCUGGCGAGUUCCAUCCACCCUGAGCAAUGCAUCAAGGUGCUUUGCCCCAUCAUUCAGACUGCAGAUUAUCCAAUUAAUUUAGCUGCCAUCAAAAUGCAGACGAAAGUCAUCGAGAGGAUUUCCAAGGAAUCGUUGCAUCAGCUCCUUCCCGAUAUCAUUCCUGGGUUGUUACAGGGUUAUGACAAUACGGAAAGCAGCGUCCGUAAAGCUAGCGUGUUCUGCCUAGUAGCAAUUUAUUCAGUAAUUGGAGAAGAACUGAAACCUCAUCUCGCACAACUCACAGGAAGCAAGAUGAAGCUACUAAACUUGUACAUAAAGAGGGCCCAGACCACCAACAGCAACAGCAGUUCCUCUUCAGAUGUUUCAACGCACAGUUAAUGGAGAUAUGUGGACAUAUGUGUAGACUUAGAAGCAAUCAACGGUGCCUCUCAGAGACCUUUCUGCUACUCUUCACUGGCGCGCUCCAUCAGCUCAAGGAGGCCAUGCAGAUAUUUAUUGCAAUCAGUAUUUUAGUCCCUUAAAAGCUUUUAUGUAGAAUCUUACUGGUAUUGAAUGUAAAGGAAGCAAGGUCUGUGUUGCAGUCUUCAUUAAAAGUGAACAACAGAAAGCCAUACUUAAACAUAUUUGUAUAGCCUGCUGAAAUCUCGAAAAUAUGUUUAGGUUAGUGUUCCAAAACUGAGUCCAAGAACCUGGACACGCGUAAAGAUCAAACAAAUCUUGUUGGUUUUGUUCAUACCCAGUUCUGGUUUCUGUGUGCUAGUUACCUGCUCGCUCCCCGUGGCUGCAGCCAUUCUGGCUGGGUUCCCCUCUCCUUACGAGUCUUGUGGUCCUGCUCUGUACUCCCUGUUGCAGCUUGCCUGAUGUGCAGGGCUCUCCGUGAGGAGAUCUUUGCCAAUGUGGCCGAUUCCAGCCUCGGAUGCUUUAAUACUGGGAGGUAUCAAGUGAGUAAUGAAAAAGUAGGUUCUUAAACAUCUGAAUUUUUGUACAUAGUUGUUCUGACAGACCUCCGACGGGCUGAUUUCUCUCUAACUGCUCUCCAGCCAGCUGUGCUGUGCAAAACAGCUAGGCUCUUCCUCCUUUCGUUGACUGUGUAAAUAUUUCUCCCCUCCCGACCCCUUCAGCUCUUUCAUAUGCUCAAAAAAGACUCUCCAGGCUACUUGUUAUUCCCCAAAGGGAACCUGAGACCUAAUUCUGGGACCCGAUGUUUGUGAUGGGACACUGGAUGUAGGUGGGUGGGUGUUGGAAUAGGCUCUGAGUGUGUCCAUGGGUGGGCAGUGGGAGCUGCAGGGCUGUGUCUCAGCACUGCCCUGUGAGGCUGCCUGCACUUUUCUUGAAGUCUGUAGCAUCAAAGGGCUGCUCCGACCCGACCCACUGCUGUUGGGUGGUGAAUGGCUUUGUCCCCCCCCAAUUCCUUUUGUGCUUUGGGCAAAAUGUUAAUCCCAGAGGACAGAAAGGGCAUCUGGAACUGAACGAAAAGACCCCAUGGAAGCACCUGCUGAGCCAGUGGGACAGUGCUGGUUGCCUGCCACAGCUCUCCUCCUGCGCCUGACUAGUGCUGUUAGCUGCCUCUAGAAACCUCCUCCUUCCUGGCCAGCCCCACGCACAGCCCCAGCCCCACGCACAGCCCUCCUGGGCCCUCUGCACUUCGGGGGGGUGCGGGGGGCCCUUGCUGGGCCCUGCUGUCAGCAGGGUGCUCUGGCUGAGGCUGCGGUGGGGGCAAAUCCUUUUGCAGCCUGACGACACAGACCAAGUCAGAGCCAAACCACCAGCAGUCAGAUACCCCACAAAACCACCCUUCCCCAAGGGGAGACCCCUCUGUUUGCCAAGGGUGAGCUCCCCCUGCCUCUGACUGUAAGCAGGGGAAGCAGGAGGAUGCUAGAGCUGUGUUUGGCCCUGGGCUGGAUCCCAGCUGUUGGGCAUGCCCACCCCAAACCUGCAAUGAGUCAGAACUGGCUUUUUGUCCCCAGUGCCAGUGAAGCAAGAGGAUGGUUGACCUGCAGCUUAUGGCUGUAGCUGUGGUGAUGGAUGUGUGUUCCCUGGCUGCUCUCAGUGUCUCCAGCCCCCUCCAUUUCCCCUUUGGGGAGCUGAAGGGACACCUUGGUAGCAUAUUGAGAACAUGAGAGCUUCCAGUAGCACAGCAGGGGAGUGCGGUGGGGGAGGAUAAAGCCUUGUUGUCCUCUUUCUCCAUCAGUUCCUCCCCAUGUGUCUCAGCCCCAGCCCUGAGGAGCUAUGCUGGGAGGUGAUGCUUGGUGCCAGCUCCCCACCCUGUCCCCGGCUCCGGAGGUGCUGGGGCUGGUGGGGACUGUGCAAAGCUUGUCAGUCCCUUUCCCUGCUGUCUUUCUUGAGAGUGGAGGAGAUGACCUGCUCCUGAGUUUUUCAGGAUGUGUCCAGGUUUUUACUGGCUGCAGGGCUGGUUCCCUCAUCUUUCCCAACAAGUAAUGCCACAGCAGGAGAAACCAUGCGAUCCUGGUGGAUGGAAUUCCCCCGGGGUCUUUCUGCAGGCUCAGAAAAGCCAUCCUCGGGAGGAGGAGGAGGAGGAUUGGCUGCUCCAUGGUGGCGUCUCCCUUUCUGUGGACCAUUUCUUUUCAACAUCUUUCAGUAUGCUUGUUAGAAUAUUCCGUUUUAAUUUUUUUGAAUGAUACAAAUUAUUUCAGUUUAACAUGAAUUUAUUUUCCCUUUUGAGGAAACAUUCAGCCGACUUGUUGGCAGCAGUUAGCUGUCUUGUCUGAAUUUUUAGUAGCGGGUUUGGUUUUUUGUUCUUUUUUUUUUUUUUUUUUUUUUUAAAUUUGUGCUCUAACCACUUAGUAUUUAUGCCUCUGUUUCUCCCCAUCUCAGUUCAUCAUCUUCUGUUCCAGUUCUGGGGUUGAGAAGGUCAGCACAGCUGACCAGACGGUGAUGGAGCUCUGAUGGAGCUUGGUCCAUCACCGUUUGCUGUUUGUUUGUUUAUUUUUUUAUUUUUUUUUUUGUCUUGAAUGGCACACUGUAGCAAAUCUCCAGGAAUUGAAUUCCUUCUCAAAUGAUUUUAUAUAUUUUAUAAAAUCCUGUUAGUAUGCACUGAGAGUGAACGCACUGUAACGUCCCUGAACUGACCCUGGCGCGCUGACCCUGCGGUGGGAGUUAACAGCUCCUCCUCCCCGAGGCCCUGCCGCCCACCGGCGCUUCCCCACGCUGUUGGCACACUCGGAGCUGCAAAUGGUAGAACCAGGCCUUACUUUCUGAAUCAGAUUUGGUUCUGUUUGUCAACAGAUGCUCAUUAAUGUGCUACUUAAUUUUGUUACGUGAGUCAGUCCAGGACUGUUCAUCCUUUGAGUACUCUAGAAGUAUGUUAUACCUGUAUACAGUAGGGAGCAUUCUGCUUAGGUAUUUAUAAAUCAUUGCGUAUAAUGUACAUAGUAAGGUUGUUUAGUAUGUUGAACAUGACCCCACUUCUUUUUUUUUUUUUUUUUGUGUGUGUGUGUGUGUUUCCUUUGAAGUACUCAAAGGGCUAGCUCUGAAUGUCACCUCUCUGAUCUCCAGUGUUCUGACUUCAACAAGCUGUACAAUCGUUUUUGUUUUCUCUUCAGCAAGCAUAAAGGUCUCUCUGGCUACAAACCCCAGUGUCCACACACGCUUGCAGAGAAGGAUCUGCAUGCUGGCAGUGCCUCACCGCACCGGUGAAGCUCGUGUUCACGUUCUCCCAGCAGUAGCCACCUACUGCAGCUGCCUUUUUUUUGUUUUUUCUUGCUGCCCAUUAUGCGGGGCUUCGAUUUUUCGUACCUUUCAAAAAAAAAAAAAAAAGAGGAAAAAAAAAAAAAAAAAAAAAAAAAAAAAAAGAAUUUUUUUUUCCC